AUGAAAAAACAUUAUCUACAGCUCAAUGCAGGAAAACCUGAGAUUCUUGUUUUUGGGACACCGCUUGUUCUCCAGCAGCUGUCUAUAGGUGGCGUGUUUGUUAACUCUGAGACGUGUGUCAGGCUGUCACCUGUUGCAAAGAACCUCGGAUUCCGUCUCGACUCUCAACUAAACUUUGGUGAGCAAAUCAAGCAACUUAAAACAUCGUGUUUUCUGAAACUAAGAGACCUUGCUAAGAUGAAAACAUUCCUCACAACCAAACAGAUGGGAACACUGACUCAAGCAAUUGUAAUCUCAUCGCUUGACUACUGCAAUGCGCUUUACUAUGGUUGUAGUCAAGCCUCAAUUACGCAGCUGCAGAACAUUCAGAACCGAGCAUGCCGUCUGGUUUUUGGAUUAAAGAAGAGAGACUCAGUCGAGGAGAAGCUCAAAUCCCUUCAUUGGCUCAAG